AUGGAAAUGAUGAGUAUGAAUAGGAAGAAGAUGUGGGGAGGGAAGGGGUGGAUAUUGGUGAUGAUGCUGAUGAGUUUGAGUUUGGGGACAGUGGUGGUAGAGUCGCAAUUAGCAGAGAACUUCUACAGUUCAACUUGUCCAAACCUGGAAGAUAUAGUGCUUCAGUCCGUCAAAACCAAGCUGUCUCAGACCGCACCUUUGACCAUUCCAAUUCCGGCCACCCUUCGUCUCUUCUUUCACGACUGUUUUGUUGAGGGAUGUGAUGGAUCAAUUCUGAUAGCGUCCCCGAAUAUGGAUGCGGAGAAAGAUGCAGAGGACAACCUUUCCCUGGCGGGAGAUGGGUUUGAUACGGUGAUUCAGGCCAAAGCAGCGGUGGAGUCCCAGUGCCCCGGUGUGGUUUCUUGUGCUGAUAUUUUAGCCAUUGCUGCUCGAGAUGUUGUUGUCUUGGCUGGAGGGCCUUGGUUCAAUGUAGAAUUGGGGCGUAAGGACGGAGUGAUUUCCAGCUCGGAUCGGGUCCCCGGAAACUUACCAAAACCCACUGACGACUGGAACACCCUAAAACUCCUCUUCGCCAAGAACAACCUCACCACCACCGAGCUCGUCGCCCUAUCCGGCGCUCACACCGUGGGGUUUUCUCACUGCAGCCGUUUCUCCGGCCGCCUCUACUCCAACCCGACGGACCCUUCCCUAGACCCGGACUACGCCCAGCAGCUGAAGCAGGAAUGCCCACCCAAUCCCGAAUCGGACCAAGUGGUGGUGAAGUUGGACCCCACAACGCCGGACGCUUUCGAUAAUGCGUAUUACCGGAACCUGGUGGCAGGGAAGGGAUUGCUUACUUCAGACCAGGAGCUGUUCAGCGAGCCGUCAACUCAGGAUACGGUUACGGGAUUCGCCAAUGGCGGGUCGGAGUUCUUCGCGGCGUUUGGGUCGGCAAUGAGAAGCCUCGGUAGGACAGGAGUGAAGACGGGGAACCAAGGUGAAGUUCGCAGGGACUGCACCGCCUUUAACUCUGCUCUGAAUUAA